CACGAACACUAUAGGGCAUCGCAACGAAGGUACUAAAUCAGUUUAAGACGAGUUAGUGAAACCAUACUAUUUGACUUUGUAAAAACCUCCUAUAGAAAAUCAAAGAUUCUGUCUUUCACAUAGUUGCAGCUUGCUACGGUUUUUCAGCAUGUCAUUGAUAACUUUCAAAGCUGGGAAGCUUCGUAGAGUUCCAGGAACAAAAACGCUGCGAGCGGAUCCUGCGAAAGGAUUUAUUUCUAUGAGCAGAGACGCAGAUGGUUUGACACAUUUUCAAUGGGGAAAGAGAAAUGAAAUGGAUGCACCAGAAGACGAUAUAGUUGUGUUUCCAUCAGAAUGCAACUUUGAAAAGAUUGAAGAAUGCCAGAAUGGAAGAGGCUACGUGUUAAAAUACCCAUCUUCUUCGCUAUCUUUGUUCUACUGGAUGCAGGACAUAGAUGCUUCGAAUGAUCAUACCAAUGCUUCUCGGAUAAAUUCUUUGAUUCAUGGUCAAGACUUUCAAGAAUCUGUGCAGUCAGAUGUAGCUACGGUUUCGGACGCAAUGGAUGUCGACGCAGUUGGACAAACUGAAAGUGCCAAUCAAGAACAACUUUCUGCUCCAGGUACUCAAGAUGAACAUUUGGAUGAAGCUUCUGCUUCGGAAACGGUUCGGAACUUAUUAAAUAAUAUUUCUUCUCAGCGUUCUCUUAGUACGGUGGACUUGACCGACGUGUUGAAGCCCUCCAAUGUUAGAGAAUUAGUAGGCCAGGAAGGAGUAAUUGAACAGUUGAUGCCCUUUCUUCCUCCUGACACGCCUGCCACUCCGGAAGCUGUAAUGGAAGUUUUAAAUAGUCCUCAAUAUGCCCAGGCAGUUAGAUCGUUGAGUCAAACUCUGAACUCUCCCAACGGUUCUGAGGUGAUUUCCGCUCUAGGAUUAUCUCCUGACGAAUCCUCUUCCCCCAACGAGGUUGGUGCUUUACAAUUCUUAAAGGCUAUUGCACGACAAGUCAAGGAAAAUAAAGAUCGUGAACAGUAAUAGAAUCAUUCCUAUGGGAGAUAAUUAUACCCAUCGAGUUCCUAAAUAGGAAGUUUUCUUUGGAUAAAAUCGAUUUGAUUGGCAUAAGUCGCGGCAAACAAACAGUCGAUUGAUGCAAUUCAUUCGUGCUACGUGCGAUGUAUAAAAGAAACGAAUCUAUAUGAGUUGAACAAAAGAUAAAAUGAAGAAGUUGAGUACGUAAAUAAGAUAAUAGUUCAUGACCAAGCGAA